UUAGUAGCUGCAUUUCAACGGUCUGAGCUGUCUGUUAAUCGCUCAUGAACAAAUGUCAAAUUUGUACAACGCGAUAAAAUAAUUUUGUUUAAUGGAAAAAUAUUAAGUCGAAAAUUUACCUUUUCCAAAAAAUUUUAUUAUUCUAAAGUUAACAAAACUUUUGAUACCACUUUUUGUCGUUAGAUCGAUCAGCGUGUGAAAAUUGUCAAUUAAUACCGAUGUGUUCCGAACCAAAGAAACCUAACUGAGCAAGUGUUUUCGAAAAUGUUCUAACAUCGACGAGUGAGAUAAAACGCAAUAGAAAUCGUCGAACUGAUCGCAUAUUUUUGGAAACGGACGAUCCGCCAAGAGAAAAGUCAUGAAUCAUGACGGAAUGGAAAACGCCAAUAACGUCAGAUCCACAUUUGCACAAUGCUUCGCUAUAUCCGGAGCAUGUUUUGUGCAAGCCGGAUUUGGCGCCGAAUGGAUAUCACCCACCAUAAUUAUUGGCGCUCUAAUAAACAGCACGAAGCACGUCCAGCAGGAAUCGAUGGUCAUCACUAGCGAUCAAGCGUCGUGGCUAGGUAGUCUAUUGUACUUGAGCACACCUCUGGGAAGCAUGAUGUCGUCGGUGACGCUGACUCGGUUGGGACACAAAAAAUGCAUGAUUCUUACAAAUAUACCUUUCAUUAUUGCGUUGUUGAUGUUUUAUUAUUCAAAAAACAUCGAGACCUUGUACGCUUGUUCGGUGUUAAUGGGACUAAGCAUGGGAUACGCCGGUGGUCCUUGUACGGCUUACAUAACCGAGGUGUGCGAGCCUAAGCUAAGAGGUGCGCUGACGUCGGUGCAAAAUGUUUUCUUCUACUUCGGUUCGCUGUUCCCCAGCACGCUGUAUGCUUACACCAAAGACUGGCGACUGACGAUGAUCAUAACGUCAAUAAUUCCGAUCAUAACCAUAGCGAUCCUCUUGAUGACGCCAGACUCUCCUAUAUGGCUGUUGACCAGAGACAAGUCGGAAAAAGCUCACCACAUGCUUAGCAAAUUACGCGGUUGGGUGCCAAACGAGAAGUGCGUCAACGAAUUUCAUGAAAUGGUCGUUUACACAACAGUGGAAACCAGCGACAAGAUGAAACCGACUAGUAUUUGGAAGUUACUACUACAGCCAAACGUGCUCAGGCCUUUUCGCCUGCUAAUAUUUUAUUUUUUAUUUACCAACAUACUUUCUGGAGCGCAAUACACGCCGUAUCUGGUGGAAGUGUUCACCAAAUUCGGCGUUCAGAACGUGGAAUGGACCAUAACCAUUUACGUGGCGUUGUCCACAACCGGUGGUAUACUGACGAUUUUCGCCGUGAACAGAUGCGGAAAGCGGAUGAUGACCUUGUCUACGUUGUUGGUGGGCUCGGUCUGUUACACAGCUAUUGGGUUCAUCGGUACGUCCAACCCCACGUUGGAACCGGCCAAGUCCUGGACCAUUCUAGUACUGUUCCUAGUCACCAUUUUCGUAUCGUCAUUCGGUAUGAGUCCGUUAGCUUGGGUGAUUCUCGGUGAAAUAUUUCCCAUUCAAACUAGAAAUAUAACUUGCAGCAUCUGUUCUUCUCUUUCGUACAUCAUUUCGUUCGUUUUAAUCAAAUUUUAUCCAGAUUUAGAGGACCUGGUUGGUUUUUACAACGGGUUCCUCGUUUUUGGAACUAUGGGCCUGUUCGGUUGUGUGUAUUUCUAUUUGUAUUUACCAGAAACCGAAAACAAAACUCUACAAGAAAUCGAAGAAUGCUUUAAGUAAAGAACGAAUGGAAAUUGCAAAAACAAUAAUCUUUUACGACAACACCUAGUCAUAUUAUAUAGCUAUCGUUAUUUUUUUUUUUUUACUAUUAAUUUAUUCGAGUUUUGUACAAUUUAUAAACUAAUAUAAUAUACAAAAUAUAUGUAAGUAUUUUUUCGAAAAUAUACCAACAUUGUCUUUA